AUGGCGGAAGCGAACGGCACAAGUUCGGUUGCUGUUUCGAGAGAUACCGGCUACAGUAAUGAUGCUGAGCAUGUUGAAAACGUAGAGAGCGCAGGGGAAAUCGACUCCAACGUGACAGAGGUCUACGAGUCCUUCGACGACAUGGGGCUGCGCGAUGAGCUUUUGCGAGGCAUCUACGCGUAUGGUUUUGAGAAGCCGUCGGCCAUCCAGCAACGUGGCAUUGUACCAAUGGUGAAAGGGCGUGACAUGCUCGCGCAGAGCCAGUCUGGCACCGGGAAGACUGGGUGCUUCGUCAUCGGCAUGCUCCAGAACGUGGAUACCUCGGUGCGCAAAGUUCAGGGUCUGAUUCUGGCACCGACGCGCGAACUUGCGCAACAGAUCCAAAAAGUGGCGCUGGCUCUAGGCGACUAUAUGGGCGUUAAAGUUCACGCGUGCAUCGGCGGUACAAGGGUUGUAGACGACCUGCGGACGCUGGAACAGGACACGCCGCACGUGAUCGUCGGAACACCCGGGCGAGUGUACGAUAUGAUCCAGAGAAGAGCGUUGGAUACGACGACUAUCAAGUGUUUUGUGAUGGACGAAGCAGACGAGAUGCUUUCUCGUGGUUUCAAGGAGCAAAUCUACAUGGUCUUCCAAUACAUGCCGGCAAACUGUCAGGUGGCGCUUUUCAGCGCCACGAUUCCCGCCGAGAUCGUCGAAAUGGCCGAAAAAUUUUUGCGGGAUCCGGCACGUAUCCUGGUUCGGAAAGAUGAAUUGACACUGCAGGGUAUUAGACAGUUUUACAUCAUGGUAGAGAAGGAAGAAUGGAAGCUAGAGACUCUGAUUGAUUUGUACGAAACCAUUUCUGCUUCGCAGACCGUUAUCUUCGUGAACAGCCGGCGUAAGGCUGAAUGGCUCAGUGAACGUAUGCGUGAACGCGACUUUACGGUCUCAGUUAUCCAUGCAGACAUGAGCCAAGAGGAGCGAAAUCUGAUCAUGCGCGAGUUUCGCUCAGGCUCGUCGCGCGUGUUGAUCACGACGGAUCUGCUCGCUCGCGGUAUUGACGUGCAGCAGGUGAGUCUCGUGAUCAACUACGAUCUACCGUCAAACAGGGAGAACUAUAUUCAUCGUGUGGGCCGUUCCGGGCGCUUCGGUCGCAAAGGUGUUGCGAUCAACUUCCUUGCCAAUGAGGAUGUGCGGACGCUACGCGAGAUAGAGGCCUAUUACAACUGUGAAAUCCAGGAAAUGCCGGUCGACAUCAGUGAUAUGUUGUAG